AUGUCAUCUACAGUGAAGAUGGAGCAUUGGGCUUAUUGGGCUUUAAAGUUCUUGAAUUUUGAUCCCUUGGAGACCGUUGAUAAGAGCAGAAGACAACUUUUGGAGCUUGAAGAGAUGUGCUUGCAUGCUUAUGAUUCUUCUAAGAAAUACAAAGAAAACGUUAAGUUCUAUCAUGAUAAGAAGUUGGUGAAGAAAGUCUUUCAUCCAGUGAAGAUUAAUGGUGUGUCAGAUGAGGCUAUUAGACUUAGCUUGUUCCCUUUCUGUUUAGGAGGCAAUGCUAAGAUGUGGGUUAAUUCAUUCCCAGAGAAUAGCUUCACUAGGUGGGAAGAUGUGGUGGCUAAGUUCCUGAACAAAUAUUUUCCUCAGUCCAAGGUCAACAACAAAGGCAAGCAGGAAAUUUCUUCUUUUCAAUAG